AUGAACGCGUUGUCACCGUCCUUCACCAUCUUCCUCAUCACUCGCUUCAUCGUGGGAAUCGCCAACGGCGGGAUGUCGCUCGUCGCCUUCGUGCUGCUGAACGAGUACAUCGGUGCCACCUACUGGGCGACGGCUGGCUCGUUGGCCGGGUUGGGAUUUGCGUUGGGAAUCUCGCAGUUCGCUCCUGAUUGGCUACUUUGUUCGUCCUGGAGGCUGCUGGCGAUUCUGGUGAACGUUCAUGGCCUGGCGGUGUUCAUCCUCUCACUGUGGCUCCCGGAGUCUCCUCGCUGGUUGUUCGCUCGCGGUCGGUUGGAUGAAGCGAAGGAUUCUCUGCUCUUCCUGGCUCGCUGGAACCCGGGUGAAGUCGCCCCAUUUCUCCCUCUCACCCCGACAGAAGAGCCGGGUCCCCGAAUCCAACGUCUGCACCCUAUACCGUCACGUCGUACUGCGCAGACGCACGCUGGUCAUGAUGUGGGUGUGGUUUGUCUGCAGUUUGGUGUAUUACGGUCUGACGCUGAGCUCCGGCCAAGUGGGCGGCGACCUCUACCUGAGCCUGGCGCUGUCCGGUCUGGCCGAGCUGCCGGCCUAUCCCCUGUGUAUGUACCUGCUGAACCACCGGAGUGUUGGUCGGAGACGUUCCCCUCUGCCUGUUCCUCUGCUGUGCCGGAGUCACCUGUAUCUGUAUCCUGUUCCUGCCAGAGAGGAAGACGGGGUUCCUGUCUCUGUCGGACUCUCAGAUUCUCUCUCUGGUCGGGAAGUUAUGUAUUAGCGCAGCUUUCAACAUUGUAUAUAUCUACACCACGGAGCUGUACCCCACUUCUGUACGGUAGGUGGGGGCCACGGGGCCACGCCAUAAGUCUCUGCCAUAUGGCCGGGGGCCACCUUUGUAUGUCCCUCAGCGCCCCCUGCGAUGGUAUCUUCCCUUCGUUGUGUUUGGUGCCUCUGGAAUGUCCGCCGGCCUCCUGA